AUGUCCACCGAAAACCUCACCGAGGCUCCCGCUGCUUCCGCCGCCGUCGCCGUAAAACUUCCGGACUUCUGGAAGUCAGAUCCGGCGAUGUGGUUUGCACAAGCUGAAUCCCAGUUUGUGUUGGCCGGAACAGUAAUCUGCCACGUAGCUGACCUGGUCAGGAAGCCUCCUGCGACCGGAAAGUACAACGCCAUCAAGGAACGUCUCAUCGCCCGUUUCGAACUAACGGCACAGGAAAAAAUGGAAAAGCUGCUCGGUUCUUGCGACUUGGGAGACCUCCGCCCCACGCACCUCUUGGCUAGGAUGCAGGAGCUUGCUUCCGGACUCAAGGUCGACGACUCGCUGCUGAGAAUGCUGUUUUUACAACGACUUCCGGCGAACAUCCGUGGAGUACUCAGCAUCAACGAUGGCAGUCUCUCGAAGCUGGCGGAAAUGGGCGAUAAAAUGACGGAGUUGGUUCCACAAACUUCUGCUGUCAAAACCCUUGCCGUACCGGAUUCGCAGGAAAGCCUGGCGGAUCAAGUCGCUGCCUUGACAGCUGAGCUGCAGCGCAUGAAGGCACAAGGACCUGAUCGCAGAAGACCGCGUUCCGUUUCCCGCAAACGCGACGAUGAAAGCACCAUCUGCUGGUAUCAUCGCAAGUACGGCAGCCAAGCUGACCGUUGUCGAAGCCCGUGCAAGUUCCACCAGUCAAAAAACUAA